AAUACUCUUGUCAUGACUCCUCUUGGUGGGAAAGUUAAUAAUUUGCGAAAAACAGAUAUCAAGAAUGUAAUCACCACUCUCAAACAUGUACAUUCAUAUGAAUAUGUACAUAGGGACCUUCGGAAAUAUAAUUUUCUUCGUAAUUUAGAUGAUCCAAAGGAAGCUAUUUUAAUUAUUGACUGGGGUUUUAGCACAAAGAAUCACGAAGCCACCGCAUUUGCAGGAGCACUUGAAUGCAUGCCGGAUGAAGUCCUGGAAUCACUAACUAAUGAGGAAAAUAUUGUUUAUGGGCCAAAAGUUGACUUGAUAUGUUUUGUGCGAUCAUUCUAUCUGAUGCUACACAAACCAUUAAUGGAAAGAGUUGCCUUUGACAGAGAUGAUGACAUCGGGAAACGAGCACAAAUGAUGUUAAAUUUUUGGAAAGACUGUAGUAAGUCAGACGUGUGGGAUGACGUUUAUCAAGCAAUAGAGGGCUUAGAUUACGACAAAUUAAUUCAAGAACUCGAAAGAUUUUUUUGA